CACCGCCUCCACCUGGAGGAGGGCGGCUACUGCACCAACCGCGCUCGACACUUCUCAUCGUGCCCUGCAGAUUCGACUCUUUUGGACAACGUUAAAUGCCAAGUAUUAGAAAUGUCUGCCCUUGCCCAAGCUCUUCAAAAUUCCUGUGAUGGUGGAACAUGUUUUUGUGUGGGAGGACUGUUCUGCCAAGCAAAGCUGUUUUGGUCCUGAAUCUUUUUUUUCUUUUUUUUUUUUCACAAGAAAAUCUAGUUCUUGCACCACCAAAUGCUACUUCGUGAUGGGGGCAAACAAGAAAAUAAUGCACGAGUAAAGGGCACAGCAGCUUUAGAUUCGUCACCCCCCCCGAUUUUUACGCGGCUUUUGUCGUUGGACGUUAAACUAUCAGUAUGUAUCAAACACACACACACACACUCCAUUAGGCGCUUAAGUCAUAGUUUGAGAACACAAACAUUUUAUUUAUUUCCAGUACGUGUUUCCCCUCACCACUGUGUACAUUCAGUGAAUAUUUAAACUCCUCAAACUGUACAUUUUCUUGAAGAUUCCCCAUGAUUCAGCAUCCUCAGAAAGUCAUUUAGAGUGAAAGACAAUGAGGGAAUUCUAGGUGGGGUUUUGGGGAGCCCCUUAGCAUUUCUCAAUGCCAAGGCCAUCAGCAUUUGCCUCACCUCAUCGCAGCUGGCGUGCCACAAAGCAAGAGUGUGUGGUAGAGUUCUGGAAAUUACCAGGAAGUAUGUGUAAAUAUUCACAACCCAGUCAUCCAUGUGUGAUUUUGGGAUGCGCUGUCUCUUGAGGAUUUAGUCGAAACAUCAUAUUGUAUGUGGCUGCUAUAAAAAAAAAAAAAAAAAAUAAAAAGAGGACACGCACACACAGAAAAUCACACGUGAAAAGGGGGUUGCAGCAAAGUUAAUAUCUUGUCUUUAAGGAGAAAAUUAUUCAUCUUGACUUGUGAUUGUGCUGCUACCUAAAAAUCCAAACAUUCAUUUCUGCGUAAAUAUUAGUUCCUCACGUGUAGGCAAAUUGGUAAUUAUCUGAAAGUUUUUUGAGACCGGUAAUAUCCACCCAUAUUUAUUCAUAGUGUUACUUAAACCCUCAGUGUGUUUUUUUUCUGGAGUUUACAAGAUUACCUUAUGUGCUUUAACUUUCCAUCAGACAUGUGACUUCCAGUCUAAUGCAACUUACCCCGAUUCUUACCAGAAUCACAUCAAACGCAGCUAAUUGGGUAGACAGCUAGUCUCGCUGUGUAUGUGUGUCAGCGAGAGAGAGAGAGAGAGAGAGAGAGAGAGAGAGAUAAAGAAAGAGAGCAUAGGCGAGAGUGAAAGCAAAGAAGGAGUGACAGAAAAGGAAAGAAAAGAGGGAAGAAGGAGCCUCAUUACUCAUUAAGUGGUAAGCUAAGUUCUUCUCAGCUACUCGUUCUGCUACACAGCUCCUCUCUCUCUCUCUCUCUCUCUCUCUCUCUCUCUUCUCUCUCUCUCUCUCAAACGCACACACACAUACUCAAAAACACAAAGCAGAAGUGGACAAAGACACACGGUUUCAGUCGCCACGGUUGGCUAUGGCUCAGGGCUCUGACAGCAAUGACACCAGUUACAAGUCCCCAUCACCUGGAAGCAGGCCGAGCUCCACAGAUGAUGCAAAGAAGGUGAUGCGGAGGGAGAAGAACAGGAUUGCUGCUCAGAAGAGCAGGAUGAGGCAAACUCAGAAAGCUGACAGUCUACACUUGGAGAGUGAGAACCUUGAGAAGGAGAACGCAGCCCUGAGGAAGGAGGUGAAGCAGCUGACAGAGGAGGCCAAGUACCUGUCGUCCGUGCUGAGCAGCCACGAACCUCUGUGCACGGGCCUGGCUCCUCAGACCCCUGACCUCCUCUACCCUCCUCAUCACAGCAGCUACCACCACCAGCACAUCGCUGUACCACACUACCAGCACUGACCUGGCUGACUCAUGAGAGGGCCGAAGACGUGCUGCGAAACAGAUGACUGACCUCAAUGGAGAGAGACAGACUGGAGAUGUGUCCAUGAAUGUUAGCCAUUGUUCAGAACUGAUCAAGGAGUAACAUGACAGGCUGAUAUGUCUGCCAAACAACGACGGCUUGGAAUCCCCACUGUAACAUGCAGUAUUCAGAACUAUUUAUUUGUGCUUCUACUCAUCUAUUUGCUUUUAUCUGAUUGAUAUCAGUGAUCCGUAUGUGAACUUAAAUGGCUCGAUGGCAAGAAUUAUCAACCAGUCUAUGUUUACAUUGGGUGAAAUAACCAACUUACUAUAUGUUCGGGUGACUCAGUCAAUAUUUUUGUAAAUUGCUUAUUUUUAAUGUCAUAGAGAGGACCGUUGUCAUCCUGUCAGGUUUAGAGGUUCUUGUGUUACUGUGUGUUUCAGUGUGUAAAUGUAGAUUGAUAAUGCUCAGGACCUUUUUGACAGAUUUGAAUGUGGACAAACAGAAUGUAACAUCAAGAUCCUAAACAGGCUUAGAUGUACCAAAAAGAAAUGACAUGCUCUUAAGAAUGGGCAUUCAAAGGGUCUUGACUAGAGUACUGCUUUCGUGUUAGAAGACCCAGCAGAGAUAUUUAUUAAAUGUGAUGCCUUUUGGGUGAUAGUUUCUGAUAUUUUCUUCAGAGGGUUGUUAGUCAUGCCUUUAUGCAGUGGGUUUUUUUUUAAAAAAAAAAUCUUUGUCAGGACAGCAGGGUGUGUGAAGUCUGCAUCGAUGCUGAUAACAGGGGACAUGUGACAAACCACCUGGGUGUUUUAUUUCUCUGAUGAGAGAGUCCCUAGAUGGCACUGUUUACUUGUAUGACAGACAAAGUUACAGUAGCUUAUGUUUUAAAGCACAAGAAUAAUCAUUCAUGGCAUGUCCUGUGUGGGUAUGAAUUAUUUUUUUCAUCUUGAGCAAAGCUGAGGGUUUUAUGUCAUUUUCAUUUCACUUCUACCACAAUGAGUGGUAAAAAAAUAAAUAAAUAAAUGACCUGUCGAUUCCAAUGGUUUUAAACUAAGACGUGAAGUUGUAAUA